ACAUUGUUAUAAUAAACCAUAAUGACUGUGCUCCUUAUGUUAUAAUAGCCAUGGACAUUUGUUAUUUAAAUUACACAAAUCUGGUGAACAUUGACAUAAAAGUACAUAAAACCUAGCAAAUGAGAUCAUCAUAUAUCUGGAUAUAUUUCAACGUUUUGUGUAGAUUGAUUAAUUGAGUAUUAGUAGUGCUGUGUGUAGAUACAUAAUUGGAAUGCAUUCGAUUACCUGACUUAAAUACACUUUAUCUACUCCAUUAUCAAUCGACGUCGAAUGGUGACCGUUCAGUUCUUGAUAACUAGUGGAUGUGACAGUUAGUGUCCUUAUUCCGUGGAAGAUGCCAGCUCUGGGUUGCGAGAUGGCUGGCACACAAGACAUUUGCGGAGCGCGAUACUGCCCAGGGCCCGAGUACGUAGUGCCAGGGCCCUUAAUGUGGGAGAAACAUCAGAGCAACUUAUUCUCUAUCCACGCGCAUAGAACUACAGAAAGUCCUCGCGUCAACCCUUUACCGUCCUAUAACACAGAUAGUGAUAUGCAACUGGAGACCAGCAGCAGUGAGGCCAGUGCUACCAGUUCCAUCACCCUGUCUCAACACUGCGCCAUCUGCGGGGACCGCGCCACGGGGAAACACUACGGGGCCUCAUCCUGCGACGGGUGCAAAGGUUUCUUUAGACGAAGCGUUAGGAAGAAUCAUCUGUACACGUGCAGGUUCAGCAGAAAUUGCGUGGUAGACAAAGACAAAAGAAAUCAGUGCAGAUAUUGUAGGCUAAGGAAAUGUUUUAAAGCUGGCAUGAAAAAGGAAGCCGUACAGAACGAGAGGGACCGCAUCAACUGCCGGCGCCCGUCAUACGAAGAGCCCGCGCAGGCCAACGGACUGUCCGUGGUGUCGCUGCUCAACGCGGAGCUACUCAGCAGGAAGGUCAUUGAUGAGACUAACAACGCGACGGACGCGGAGAUCAACAAUCGCAAGCUGGCGAAGAUCAACGACGUGUGCGACUCCAUCAAGCAGCAGCUGCUCAUACUGGUGGAGUGGGCCAAGUACAUCCCCGCCUUCACUGAGCUGCACCUCGACGAUCAGGUGGCGUUACUGCGCGCGCACGCGGGCGAGCACCUGCUGCUGGGCUGCGCGCGACGCUCGCUGCACCUCUCCGACGUGCUGCUGCUGGGCAACAACUGCAUCAUCGCCAAGCACAACAUCGGUGAGUACACUGCUCGUGCAGCUGGCGUGCUGCGCGCGCACGCGGGCGAGCACCUGCUGCUGGGCUGCGCGCGACGCUCGCUGCACCUCUCCGACGUGCUGCUGCUGGGCAACAACUGCAUCAUCGCCAAGCACAACAUCGACGGCAGGAUGGACAUAGACAUCAGCAUGAUCGGCAUCCGCGUCAUGGACGAGAUCGUGAAGCCGCUGCGCGAGAUCGACAUCGACGACACAGAGUUCGCUUGCCUCAAGGCCAUCGUGUUCUUUGACCCCAACGCGAAAGGCCUCUCCCAGCCGCAGAAGAUCAAGCAGCUACGCUACCAGAUCCAGAUCAACCUGGAGGACUACAUCAGCGACCGGCAGUACGACGGGCGCGGCCGCUUCGGUGAACUGCUGCUGUGUCUGCCGCCGCUGCAGAGCAUCACGUGGCAGAUGAUCGAGCAGAUACAGUUCGCCAAGCUGUUCGGAGUGGCGCACGUGGACAGCCUGCUGCAGGAGAUGCUGCUCGGAGGUGCGUCUACAGAGGCGUCGCUGGAGGAGCCCGCGGCGCCGUCCCCGCUGUCGGCCGGCUCGCCGCCGCUCGUGCCGCAGCUGCCUCUGCCCGAGGCCGCCGUGUUCGACGUCGCGCCCUUCAAGCAGGAGCCCAACGCGAGUCCUGAACACCCCUCGCGAGUGUUGAAGCCAGCGGAAAUUACACUUUUAUAGUCAUCUAUAUAUCAUAUACACAAAAUAUAUCAUAUAAUAUUAGGGACACAAGGCAUUAUUGUACUAAUUAUAAAAAAACUAAGGAAAAAAAUUUCAAAUAUAUUUAUAAUUCGAAAUCAGUAAAUCAGGCAGCUGUAUUUAAAAUGGAAAUGUUUGUUGUAAUAUAACAAGAAUAUUUUACUAAGAAAUAUUAAAUUAAGCAGCGAAUUGCUUCAAAGUAAAAUUGACCUUAAAUCGCUUGUAAAAUAAGGUCCACUUUACUUAUUAAAAGUAAUUUACAUUCAUAUUUGAAUGACAAAUUGUGAAUGCAUUUUGCAUGAAAAGAAACUGAAUAUUUUAUUGUAUUGAUAAAUAUUAAUUAUAUAAACUUUCAUAGUAAUAAAUAAAAAAAACUGUAAUAAUAUCGGUAUUUUUUGAAUAUGGCGAAAUUUUGUAACUUUUGUUAUUUAUAAUGUAUUAGACAAAAAACACUAUUCUAAAUUUAAAUAAAAAUAAUAUUUACCAAAUUUUGGACCUAUAUAUUAUUAGGAAAUAAAGUUAAGGAUUAGAAAAUUUUAUAAUUUAUUUUCGCACGUCUAUAAAGAAUAUUUUUGAAAAUAUUUACAUAAACUAUAUAGAAUCAUUUGAUACUUGGUUUUGCGAUAGGUACAGAUUCCAGAAUUUAUUAUUCCCUUUUAUGUUUAGAAAAUAGGCUCGAAAUAGUUAUAGCUUACUGUUGAAAUACACCAGACCCUUUAGCCAAGUGGCACGUCGAUUCUCUUUCUACAAACGCUAACGCUUCGAAAACGAAAAAAAUGUAUAGGAAUGACAAAUCCGAUCGAUAACUUGAUCACGUGACCUGUCGAGAGCAAAUGUCAUUCCCAUACAUUUGUGAAUUAUCGAAGCGUUUGCGAUCGUAGAAAAAGAAUCGACGUACCACUUGGCUACAAGCCCAGUUUACAUACAUUUUUUAAACAUAACUUUUUUGCACAAAAUAUGCCAUGACGUAAACACAAGCCUGUAUCGGUUUUUGGAGAUUUUGGUUUAUGUUUAAAUCAGAUAUUUUCUUAAUUUAGUUACCAUUAUUCUUAGGUAGGGAGUAGGUGAGGGUUAUGAAUUUUUAUUAUAAUUUUCUUCUGCGUGAUUUAUUACGAAUGUGGUAUUAUUUGACGCUAUUUGGUGAUCUUCUAAAUUAUAAUCAAGUCAUGAUAGUAAGAUACUUUCUAUGAAAUGUAUAUUCAACUUUUAUCCAAUUAGGAAACCUGCAAUAAGUGUCAGUUGUAAUGUAUGACUUUGUAGAAUAACGAGUAUUCGUUCUUUGUCGUUUUGUAUGAUCACAUAAAUUAAUUAUAUGAUCACAAAAUAUAUUUAUACAGGGUGCUGGGGAGUAUUUCCCGUAACUUGAAGGUGUUGACGAGUCCACUUAUAGGAGCCGAAGAACUGCAUAACUAACAUUUUUUAAACUAAAAAAUAAUUUUUUUUUAUAUUUUCAUACAAAGUAAUUCAAAUAAUUCCCAAUAUCCAUGUAACACACUUUAUUUAUCCUUGCAUUUUAAAACUUUAUAUUUUGGAUACGUCAUAAUUAUAAGGAUGCGUAUACAUUUUAAGAUCUUUUAAUAAAAUAAUAAUAUUUACUCCGCAAAUAUAAAUUUUAGAAUGUUGAACAUUUUAAAUUAAUUUUCGGUAAAGAAUAUAACUGGAAGUUAUGGGAAGUGCUACACACCCUGUAUUAUAUUGAGUCUGCAAUUUUUUUCAUAAUCUUGUAUCUAUGAUUGCCGCAUUUUAACAUAGCGGGUUUUAUAUAUACCCCAAGAAUCAAACACGAAUUAAAUGCAUAUGCAGACGAUCUCUUUUAUAAAAAAUCUGCUUUAUAUGAUAUACUUACGAAUUUUAAAUCAUAGGCAUCAAACCCUAUUCAUUGCCACUUCUACUACUUCUAAAGUAGUGGAAACUUGCCAUGCCAACAUAUGUGUUGAGACUUGUGGCAGUCUUAGAAAUCGAUUAAUGUCUGGCCGCUCAGAAAUUGUGUUUCUGUCAGGUAGUUAUCGAAUGGGCGAUGUAACUUCGAACUGGCGUACAAGUUUGAUGAAGUGCGCUGUUUCAAGGUUAUGCCAACUGUUUGUCUUUGUGACAAAAAACGAGGCAAUUGUAAUUGAAUGUUUGUCCCAUUCGAUUACGACAUUAGAAACGCAAUCUCUGAGCGGCCGGAUUAAAAAAAUCGCGUAAAUAGAAUUGGUUCCUAAUUGGUGCUAAAUCAACCCUCUAUAACACAAUAUCAAUAUGAAUAUAGAUUUAAGUUUAAGUGCCUUUCUCGUAUGCUACAUAGAAAUAGAUCUAAUUUUCUAGACUUACGGCAUUAUAAUUUCAUACCAUUUGACGGUAGGUAUAUAAAGUUUACUUUUUAGCAAAGUGAUGUGAAAUUAUAGUGAGCUACGCAUUGACCUCUUAUAAUAAAGGGACGCACAAUCAUGUAGAAAAAUUCACUUAAAAACUGACCAAUUUAGCUUUGACAGUUUUAAAAUUAUUGGUAAAUUAUACCUAAAGGCCUGUAAAUUUAGUCUAAUAUUCAAUAAAAUCCCAAAUUCAGAGCAAAUUCAAUUCAGUUUAAGGUUGAAUUUGCAAAUUCGACUACUUGAAUUGAGUGCCAAGAAGUUGUGUUUGGCACUCAUUGAGUGGGGACGUUUUUUGGUCGCCGAUUGUGCAUCCACUUUUUAAUAUGAGAUCGAUGGAGUUACGCCGUUUUAUAUAAGUAAUAUACCUAAUUUUUAUUGUAAUCGUAGACUGAAUAUGAAAUGGCAGUGUUUUACCUGUUAGCUUGUUAUUUUUGUACCACUAUUUAAUGCUCAAUGUAUUCUUAUCGGAUUGGGUGGUAUCUGUGUAUGCCAAAUCGGUGAAAGUUUAUUUUAUUAUGUAGUUAAAAGGGUUUGUCUGUAGAUUUACAGCAUACAUGUAAUAGGUGCCUUAUAUUUGUAGAGGUGUAUUGUUGAUUGUACAUACCAUGUUAUGAAUUGUUUUAGAUUAUAUUUGAUGAAAUAAAUAAUCUGUUACGA